UACAUUGCUUUUUUUUCAAUAAUUCCUAACAUUGGUGCGAGAAAGGGGAAUAAACUAACAGAAAAUUAAUUACAGUUCGAAUCAGGUUUGUACAAAACAACAAACAUAAUCUCUCCGCUUAAAACGUAUUUUUAAUCAGUAUCUUUUGCACUCUUGUUCAACUCAGACCUUGAUUAACAUGUUGUUCAAAAUAUUCAUCAUAUUUUCCUUAUGUGUCUCACUAUGUGUCUGUGCCGUUGAAUAUAGUGAUCGCGGACGGAACUUCAGUUUAGAACUAAUAUACUUCACCGGUCAGGAAAAUCAAAACCAUUUUGUUGUAUCACCAUUCUCGGUUUGGACUCUGCUAACUGGUUUAGCAUACGGUACUAUCGGAGACACAUAUCGUGAGUUAAGAUUUGCCUUGAUCCUCCCACUCAAAAUGUCUAGGACGGCAGAACAGUACCCUGAAUUUAUGAAAGCCGUAUUUGAUAUUCCAAAACCAGAAAUCUCGGUAAGCACCAACAGUUACAUUUUUUAUGAUAAUGUUGUGCCAGUUGAAAGAGAUUUCAUGGGUAGGCUCGAAAGAGACUUCAAAACUGUUGUUAAUCAGAUCUCGCCAGAUAAUUGGACAGCUACAGAUGUUAUUGUUAAUGAUAUAAAAAAAUCUCAUACACACGCUGUUAAUGUGAUAAACUUAAGCAAUCUUCAAGGUGCUGUUACAAUGAGAGCUAUCAACUUUAUAUCAUUUGAAGGCCUAUGGGGUGUGCCUUUUGAUAAACGAGAUACAGCCGUCAACAAUUUCUAUAACGAUCAGGGGGAAUUAAUAGGAGAAGUCAACAUGAUGCAUCAAAAAGGACCUUUCCAGUUUACUGACAUUAAAGAAUUGGAGGCAGUAUUGAUAGAUUUACCGUUUGCUAACAACGACAAGUAUUCGAUGCUAGUAAUCCUGCCAUAUGAUAAGAGGAAUACGACAGCAGUAUACAGAAAGUUUUUAACUUAUUCUAUACCAGAUAUUUAUAAGAGUUUGAAGGAUGAUUUGGAGGCUUAUGGCGAGGAAGUUGUGGACCUCAAAAUCCCCCGAUUCAGGAUUACUGAUGAAAUAAAAAUGGAGAAACCCUUAAACUCUAUGGGAGUCUACAGUCUGUUUGAAAAAUCUGAUUUUCAUCGUGCAGUGCGUCUACCGGUUCAAAUUUCAGGGUUCACUCAGAGCGUUAACAUAGAAAUCACUGAAUCAGGAAGUGUUUUAGGAGCAACAAAGCCCAAAGUACAGCCUAUUAGGUCUUUGAUAUCAAACAUUGUGGUAGAUCGGCCCUUCAUUUUCUUCAUAUUGGAGAAAUCCACUUUGUCCAUUUUAAUUGGUGGCAUUUAUUCGAAACCUGAAAAAUACUGAUUUAGUAUAUUUAUGUAUUAAUAAAGUUUUAUAUGCAACAUUAA